GUUGUAGAAGUCAGAGAGCUUCUUCUCUCUCACAGUCACAGCAGCGCCAUGUUUGGUUCGAGAAGUCUCUACUGCUGUAGCAGAAUCUGGAAUCGUUCUCUGUUUCUGAAAUGUUCUGGAAGCUUCCGAGCUAGUUUCUCGACCAAUUCCGUAGUAUCGAAGCAGAAACUGGUUGGGACGCAUAAUGGAACUUUCCACUGUGACGAAACCUUAGCUUGUUUCAUCCUUCGUCUUUCUAAUAGAUUCUCCGAUGCUCAAAUCGUUCGAACCAGAGAUCAUCAGGUUUUGGAGAAGCUUGAUGCGGCACUUGAUGUUGGAGGUGUGUAUGAUCCUCAGAGUGAACGUUAUGACCAUCACCAGAAAGGAUUCACUGAAGUGUUUGGGCACGGGUUUAACACUAAACUCAGUAGUGCUGGCCUUGUCUAUAAGCAUUAUGGAUUGGAGAUAAUUGCUAAGGAGCUUCAACUUGAUCAGGGACAUCCUGAUGUGCAUCGAUUGUUUCUCGCGGUGUACAAAAACUUCAUUGAGGCAGUAGAUGCUAUAGACAACGGCAUCCAUCAGUAUGAUACUGACCAGCCUCCAAGAUAUGUAAAUAGUACUAGCUUGGGGCAUAGGAUUGGAAGGUUGAACUUAGACUGGAUUGAACCUGAUCAGUCUAGUGCCAAAGAAGAUGAAGCAUUUCAUCGGGCAAUGGAACUUGCUGGCUCUGAGUUUUUGGAGUGUAUUCAUUUUCACGCGAAAUCGUGGUUACCAGCUCGGUCAAUUGUUAUGGAGUGUCUUGCAAAACGGUAUGAUACAGACUCCAGUGGAGAAAUUAUGAAGCUCAGUAAACAAUGUCCAUGGAAACUUCAUAUAUUCGAGCUCGAGGAAGAAAUGAAGAUUGAUCCUCCCAUAAAAUAUGUUCUUUACCAGGAUGACAGAAGUGAAAACUGGAGAAUCCAAGCGGUUUCAGUUGCACCAGAGAGGUUUGAGAGCCGUAAAGCUUUGCCCUUAUCAUGGAGGGGUCUAGAAAAGGAGAAGCUCUCAGAGGAAAGUUCAAUUCCGGGAUGCGUUUUUGUGCACAUGAGUGGUUUCAUCGGUGCAAACCGGACCUAUGAAGGUGCCUUAGCAAUGGCAAGAGCCUCUUUGAUGGCUUAGAAUCUAUGCAUAACCAAAGAUCAGUUCUUUGGAUUGAACUGGAUCCUCCUAUCCCUAUACAUAGAAUUUAAAAGGUCAAAAUAUCAUGAAGACUGUCAAAUACCUGAACAACAAUUUUUGUAUUAAUUUUUGUUUUUCCUAUAUAUAUUCUAAUUUCUCAUCA